CGCGUACUCCGUACCUUUUUUGAUGUGCCCUUUGUAAUUUUGUUAUGAACAAAACAAUUUCCAUAAACGAUAUAAGAUCCCUUCCCACCCUCACCUCUUCCACUCCUUCCGAAUAUCUCCAGUUACUCAAACAUCCGAAAGCUUCAGCAUUCCUUGCAACCGGUUUCCUUCAACGUCGUUUCCUUCCGUUUACGUUUCGGCAACAAACUAGACUGCAUUUAUUUCUUCGACCGCGCUCAGGAAGCCCAUUCAAAAUAGAUUUCAACUGGCAUAGCUUUAUUCCUUUACAGCAACACCGACCAAGAACAAGAGCAGUAGCGCUAUUGAUAUUACCAUCAACAUAAACAACAUUACCCCCCACACAUCCAUCCACACACCCAAAGUCACCAUGUUCUCCAAAACAUUGCUGUUCGCUGCCGCGCUCGUCGCUUCUGUUUCCGCCUCGCCUUGCAAGCCCAGGGCCAGCGGUAUUCCUCUUCCCGUUCUCCCCAGCACAGGAGCCGUUGACCUGCCAGCACCAAACCCCAGCUGCGCUCUGAAGGCCAUCGCCGUUGGUCAUGGUAUCCAGAACUACACCUGCGCUGACGGAAAUGCAACACCAGUUGCCGCCGGUGCCCUCGCCGUCCUGUACGACGUCACCUCUCUGUACCCCGGCACUCCCAGCACCGGCUUGUCCAAGGAGGCCUUCAACGCCCUGACCACCAGCACGCUCUGGGGCUCCAACAUCCCCCUGAACCUCAAGGACCCCGAGGCCGCCCGCCCUGGAACCCCUGCCUCGCCCAACAACGGCAUGCCUCCUUCGUCCUACGGCGCUGUUGUUGCCGACCCCUUCAUCGCCCCGGCUGACCUGCCCCAGCCCGACGGCGCUCCCCUCAAGUUCCUGGGUCACCACUUCUUCGACGCCGCCGGAAACCCCACCUUCGACCUGUCCACCAUGAACCUGCGCUUCUCCGUUGGCCUCAAGCAGUCUGUUGACGUCCCUGCCAACGCCGACCGCGGCAUCCUCGACACCGGUGCCGUCAAGUGGCUCAUGCUCAACGACAACGGCAAGGGCCUGGGCAACACCGGUGCCACCUCCCAGGUCUACCGCGUCAUCACCGCCGGUGGUGUCGGCGAGGCCUGCAGCAAGGAGGGUGCCGUGCCCGUUGCCAGUGUGCCUUACACUGCCUUUUACUGGUUCUACGCCGAGUAAGAGGGGAAACUCAUGCCGAUCUUGGCUGUCCUUUUCCUCUAUUCUCUUCUCGUCUAUUUCAGUAAUAUGUGCGCAAUAUCAAAAGCACACCCCCCUAAAAAGCAUCUAAUGUGGCGUUGGCGACCCAUUUUUUUCGCCCUCACUUUCUUCGUCUCUCGUUCACAUACACAUUGUUCUACUAUUUUCUUUUCAAUUCGGAUCAAACCCUGCUAGUCUUACAGCGAUUAGCAGGUAUAUAUUUUUAUGGGAUGGCAUGUUUGUCUUUUUAUGUUAUGACCGGUUGUUUUCUUUCUUUCGGCUUCGGAUAUACCCAACCCUUGAUAGCACAGGGUGUGAGGAAUUUUUAGUUUAAAAAUUGAUCAUUUUCCCCCAAGCAAAA